AUGACUGCCAGCAUCCUUGGCGGCGUGGAUGACGUUGAUAAAGCGAUGGAUUCAAUGACUACCAGCAUGACCGACAUUAUCCGUUCAGACGCUACAGCUUUCACAAUCGAAGGGGAUGCCUUUCGGGACGAAACAUACAUCAAUGUGAGAUGGCCUUGGAUCAUUCUCCCGACGCUUUCCGUGCUUUUCUCGAUUUUCCUAUUUAUAUCCACUUCGAUCGCAAGCAGCAGACUGAAUGUGGUCCUGUGGAAAGAUUCUGUCCUGCCGUUGCUCAUGUUUCGACUCCAGACAGAUUCAGCAGAUGAUAUUAUGUCUCUGUCGAAGGUCGAGGAAGCAGAGCGCAUUUCGAAGAAGAUUAAAGUUGUUGGUGCAAAGAAGGGUUCUCCUCUUGUGUUUUCCGAGGUGAAUAACUGA